UAGAACCACUACAUGGUAAGGGAUAAGGUGGGGACUUGACCUUGUAAGAUAUUUCUUUUUACCUUUUGUAUCUAGACCAACCUUCUUUCAUCCUGAACAUGGCUGCUUUCUUUGGUUCCCCACCAAUUUUCUCCCUCCCCCUUACUAUUAUUAGAACUCAUCACAUUUCUUCAUCAUCACAAACUCCACCACCAACACCUUCACCACAAUCUCAGCCUCCAACUUCGUCUCCACAGCAGCUAAGAACAACAAAUUUGAAUGAGGAAUCAGUGCAAGUGUCCACUGAAGCUAAGCAACAGAAGCCCAUCAAACCAGUCACUUCAUCCACUAAGGUUGGAUCCACGGAUUGGAUAGCCACUUCCUUGACCAGAAGGUUUGGGAUAGGAGCUGGUCUUGCAUGGGUUGGCUUUCUUGCAUUUGGUGUCAUCUCAGAACAAAUCAAGACUCGCCUUGAGCUGUCUCAGCAAGAGGCAAAUACAAGGAACGUUGAGAAGGUGGAAGAGGUGGUGCUUCCUAAUGGCAUAAGGUACUAUGAGUUGAAACUUGGUGGUGGCGCUUCACCAAGGCCGGGAGAUUUGGUUGUGAUUGAUAUCAUGGGAAAAAUUGAAAGUAGUGGAGAAGUGUUUGUAGACACAUUUGAGGGGGACAAGAAACCAUUGGCUCUAGUGAUGGGGUCAAGGCCAUAUAGUAAGGGAGUCUGUGAGGGUAUAGAAUAUGUACUUAAAACUAUGAAGGCUGGAGGCAAGAGGAAGGUAAUAGUCCCUCCUAAAUUGGGGUUUGGAGAGAAUGGUGCUGACUUAGGCACUGGUGUGCAAAUUCCUCCACUUGCAACACUUGAAUACAUUCUAGAGGUUGAAAAAGUUUCCAUUGCACCCGCUUAAUCCAAUCAUGCAGGGUGCUCAGCUUGUGUCAUCUAAUAUAAUAUUAUUCAUUUAAUUAUUUUCUCAUUCUUUUCGAUGGGAUUGAAAAAUAGUAAUAUACAUUUAAACUGUCAAUAAUUUUGUCAGGCUGACCUUUAAAGGCCAUGAUGGGGCUUUGUUUAACUUCUAAUUUCAAAUUUAGUGCCUACAAAUACAAUAACACGUGCAGUCCUCAACUUUAUACAUUUUAUUUUUCUGGUUA